AUGGCUAAUGAUAGUUUAGAUGACCUCAUUUUCAUUGAUGCACCAGUGUUUGUAACUAUUGCACUUGUCUUGGACAUAAUGGCUAACCGGGGACCACGACGGGCACUACCUCGUGAGCCUCAUUCGACUAGGAAUAUUCAUCGGAGUGCACACAUGACUCGUAUAUUAGAUGGCGGAGUUCAUCACUGCGUAGAGUACUUACGCAUGAACAAAGACACUUUUUUUAGACUAUGCACCUUAUUAAGAGAACGUGGUCAUUUGAGUGACACCAUCCAUGUUGCGGUAGAGGAGCAAGUGGCAUUAUUUCUCCACAUAGUUGGUCAUCAUGCAAAAAAUCGGUCAAUGAAAAUUGAUUUUAUUAGAUCUGGUGCAACAGUGAGCCGAUAUUUCAAUGAUGUCCUACAAGCCAUUUGUGGUAUUAGACAUUUGUUUGUUAAACAACCAGGCACAUCUAUUCAUCCAGAUAUAGAAUGCAACCCAAAUUACUAUCCCUUUUUCAAGGAUUGUGUUGGAUUCAUUGAUGGAACCCAUAUUGAUGCAAGGGUUAGUGCAAAUUUAGCUGGUAAAUUUUGA